UCCCCCCUCGCAUGUUCCCGCUCAGUUCAAGCAGCGCCUCGCCAUCGACCAAACACACAAGCUCAGCAGCUCAACGCCAUGACCAACCGCAUCUCCUCCACCGUGGGAGCGAACCGGGAAUACAUGAUCCGAUUCGAUGGUCCUUCGCCGAGCUCCGCUGGAGCCGACCCACCGGAGCCGCCGCCGCCGCCAGUUCCGAUCGAGCCGUUCGCAGGGAGGUUGAUCUCCCACGAGCAGGAGCACACCGUCAUUGUCGCUGCUCUGCUUCACGUCAUCUCUGGGUACACCACGCCGCCGCCCGAGAUCUUCCCGGCGGUGUGCGGGGAGGCGUGCCGGGUGUGCGGGAUGGAGCGGUGCCUCGGCUGCGAGUUCUUCGCGGGGGACGCCGCCGCUGUGGUCGCGUUGGACGGCGCGGAGAAGACGGCCGCCGCCGCCGCGCCGACGGGAGGGCAGAGGAAGCGGAGGAAGAAGAAGAACAGGUACCGCGGCGUGCGGCAGAGGCCGUGGGGCAAGUGGGCGGCGGAGAUCCGCGACCCGCACCGCGCGGUGCGCAAGUGGCUCGGGACGUUCGACACUGCCGAGGAGGCCGCCAGGGCCUACGACCGCGCCGCCAUCGAGUUCCGCGGCCCGCGCGCCAAGCUCAACUUCCCGUUCCCCGAGCAGCUGGCGGGCCACGACGACAUCAAUGGCGACGCCAGCGCCGCGGCGAAGUCAGACACAUUGUCGCCGUCGCUGUGCAGCGCUGACGCCAAGGAGCGACGGCAGACGGAAUGGCCGCACGGCGGGGAGGAAACAGGGGAGCAGCUCUGGGAUGGCCUGCAAGACCUCAUGAAGCUGGACGAAGGCGAGGUCUGGUUCCCGCCAACUUCGAGCGCUUGGAACUGAAUCGUGUGUCAUUAGAUCCCAACAGUUGAAGUAGAUUGGAAAAGACCAUCUUAGCCUUUGAAUUUUCCUUUUCGGCUCUCUUUUUUAUCUCUGUUGUACUAUUUGAACAAAGCAGAGUUUUGAACACUGGAGCCGUACAAGUGUAUCAAUCAGGCAAUACUUCACAGCAUUUAACACGAGCUGACCGACUUUUUAACCAA